AUGCUUGGCAUGUACUUCCCGUCGAGUUGUAUCGCAAGCACGAAGCUCCUCUUCUCGACGAACCUGUUGGGCUCGUCUCUGAUAUUAAAACACGAGUCGGAUUUCAGCUUUUACGGGAUGACUCCACUUCCAGGCUGGUUAUCCAUAUGCACGGCGCAGGGGGAACUAUCGCCUCGGGAUAUAGAGUCCCAAAACUACCGAGCACUCUCCGCGGGGAAUCCUGGAAAGAUUCACGUUCUCGCAUUUGACUAUCGAGGAUUUGGAAAUAGUACUGGGUCUCCAUCCGAGAAGGGUCUUAUCGUCGACGCGCUUGCCAUUGUUGACUGGGCAAUGAACGUCGCUGAUAUUCCUCCAUCUCGAAUUGUUAUAUUCGGACAGUCAAUGGGAACAGCAGUUGCCAUUGCGGUAUCAAAACAUCUGGCAACCCAAAAUCCACCGAUAGUUCUUGCGGGCACUAUUUUAGUAGCCCCAUUCGUGGACGUUGCCACACUCGUUUCAACCUAUCGAGUAGCAGGGACUAUACCAAUCUUGUCAUCGAUCGCAAGAUUCCCUGUCUUAUUCAAAAGUCUCCAACAAUUUAUCAGGGACAAAUGGUUGAGCAAAGAUUACAUCGCAGAAUAUGUCCAGGCCAACGAAUUGAACAGAGAGACAUACCGAUUAACGAUAAUUCACGCAGAGGAUGACUAUGAUAUUCCAUGGAAUCAUUCACAGCUUCUCUUCUGGCAUGCCGUGAAUGCCUCGUUGCCAAACGGCAUCAGUUAUGAUGAGCUGGAGCAGCAAAAGCUAGAUUCCAAGAAUGACCUGGGGGCUGCUGGGUCUGUGUUGGAAUGGGUGGCACCCAAUGGUGUCAUUCGUGAGGAAAUUCUGAAGACUGGACUGCACGAUGUUGUGAUGGGCUACCCAAUAAUUAGCAUGGCAGUUAUGCGGUUCUUUGAAUCUGCUGACCCGACAUUCAUAAUUUGA